AUGCCGUUCUCAGUGCCACACACCUGGGUGACAUCACCAGGCAACUCAGGUGAAGGACUGUAUGACAGGGUGUCAAAGGAGUGGCUAACCAAUGAGAUGUAUCGUACCUAUCACCAUGGAGAUGGAAGUGGAACAAUGGUUACAGUCCAGACCAGCACACAUGCCUUCCACGUGAACCUUGGUCGUCUGACUGACUGUAGUGAGUACUUCAGAGCCCUGUCCCAGUCCAGUAUGAGAGAGACCACAGAGAGCCUGAUUGUCCUGGACCACAUUCCCUCCUCAGUCUUCCAUUCCCUCCUAGAAUUCUGCUUCCGGAAUGACUUCAGCGUUCCCCAGGAGGAGUUGGGAGAACACAUCCAAGUGGGCAGCUACCUGCUGGCUGAGGCCUUUGUGUCGCAGUGCCUGUUGGCCCUGUCUGGUGUUCUAACCCCAGACUCCUGUCUGUCCUACCUGGCUCUGGCCCGGGACAUCUGCUGUACUGAGCUGGAGACGACUGUGUUCUCCUACCUCAGCAGACACCUGCUGGAGCUGCCUCACCUCACCAGGUGUUUGCCGGCUGAAGACAGGGCUGAACUGGCCCGUCUGAGGUGGCAGGGUGAUCUCCGGCUCUGCUGCGUGAGGAAGGAGAACCUGACCUCCUGGAAUGACCUAGAAACAGAAGCCUCCCGCCACCUCUUCACCCUGGAUGGAUCAGAGGUCACUGGUGACUGGCGUCCAAUAACAGAGCUCCCUUUCAUGGCUGAUAAGUGGUGCUUCACCACGGUGGUUCUACUCAACUACCUCUACCUCAUCGGUGGCUACAGGCAGCGGGCCAAAAGGGGCUGGGAGUUCAAAAUGGCCUCCUUUAGGUACAACCCCUUCACCAACACCUGGGUCUCCACUGCACCUCUCAUCAAGCACAGGAGGCAUUUCAGUGCGGUGUCAUGUGAUGGCUGUAUCUAUGCUGUGGGAGGCUGGUACUUGGACUCUCUGGUGACUCCUGACUCCAGCACAGCCCUGUACACUGCUGUGGAGCGAUACCACCCCUGGGACAACACAUGGACGUUUGUCUCCUCUCUGCCUCUGACUGACUUACAGUUCACCAUGUCCCUGUCCCAUGACCUCCCUCUGGCCACCAGCCUGGGCUCCUGUCUCUAUGUCCUGGGGAACAUCCAGAGGACUGGAGAAAAGCUGCUUCUACAGUAUGACACCAGGCAAGACUUAUGGUCUGAGCUGCUCCCUACCCUAACCAAAGCCAACGCUGACCUCCCCAGCCUCUACUUCCUGGGUGCCACGGACCGGCUGUUUGUGAUUGGAGGAAACAACUCAGAGAAUGUGGUGACAUCAUUCUGUGUGGAGUCUGGGAAGUGGGGGCAGGUGAAAGGGGCUGAGAAGGUAGCGUUAGCUGGACAGGGAACAGUGCUGGGUGACCAGGUGUACAUGCCAGGUAUAGAACACAACGCUGCUGUAAGGCUGGAUCUCCACUCCUUGUCUCUCACUGUCCUCCCUCCUCUACCCAUCUGCAUUCGCUAUGAAGCCCUCCUUCACCUUUCCUUCUAA